ACUCUUGGUCCUGCCAGCGCUGAGAGAGGGUCCCCAGGCAGGCAGGAGGGGUGUCCUGCCUCCUCUGGGGCUGCCCAGGGCUCCUCGUGGUGGGUCAACUGAUGGUGACACGUUGGAGUGGUCCUGGUCCCCUGACAUCAUGUCCUGAAACCCGCCGAGGAUGGAGCCGCUGCCCCCCCCCAGGCCCGGCCGUGUCGCCUGGUCCCUGACCUGCCUGGUGCUGCUGGCCCUGCGCGGAUGGCCAGGUGCGGGUGCCCAGGUGACUCAGGGCUUUGAGCUGCAGCAGCCCCAGGACAAGGUGUCAAUGGAAGCUGGAGAGACGCUCACCCUGACCUGCACCGUGUCCCCUGGUGGUCCCCCUGGCUCCAUGAAGUGGCUGAAGGGCUGGGGCAGUGAGAACCAGACCAUCUAUGGCCAGACAGGCUCCUUCCCCCGCGUGACGAGGGCAGUGGAUGAGUCUGAAACAGACUUCAGCAUCCACAUCAGGGAUGUUCAACCCGAGGAUGCCGGCACCUAUUACUGUGUGAAGUUCCAGAAAUUAUUCCCGGAUGGUGAGGAGCUGUUUCGGCGUGGAAAAGGCACAGAGGUGUCUGUACUUGCCAAACCCACCCACCCGGUCGUGUCCGGGCCCGGCCGCAGAGUGGGGCCGGGGGAAUCGGUGCCUUUCACCUGCACGGCCGGAGGGUUCUUCCCUCAAGACAUCAGCGUGAAAUGGUUCAAGAAUCGGACCUCCAUCUCGGCUCAGCCAGCCCAGAUCACCCCCGGGCAGACAAAAGCCUCCUACAACAUGUCCAGCACGGUGACGAUGACGCUGCGGAAGGAAGAUGUCCGCUCACAGCUCAUCUGCGAGGUGCAGCACCUCACGCUGAGAGCCCCACUGAGGGGCACGUACCAGCUCAGCCAAGCCCUGCGAGUUUCUCCCAUUGUCCAUGUGGAUGCUGACCCACCGAGCCCCGUUGGGGUGAACAAAACCGUGAAAUUCAUCUGCCACGUGAAGGGGUUUUACCCAGGAAACGUGAAUGUCACCUGGCUGGAGAAUGGGACGGAGAUGAGCCUGCAGAACACCUCCCGACCGGUGGAGAUGUCCCAGGGCUUGUUCCAGCUGAGUAGCGUGGUGGAGGUCAAAGCGAUGGAGGAGAAGAACGGGUCCACAUUCACCUGCCGUGUGGUGCAUGAUGCCCAGGUCCCUGUGGAAAGGGUGACCACCCUGUGGAUCGCUGCUCCGGACAGGGAGGGAGUGAACAGCAUGUCCACAGCAGCUAAUGGCAGUUUGCUCGUGAUCUAUAUCGUGGUGGGAGUGGUCUGCACUGUGCUGGCCCUGCUGGUGGCUGCAAUCCUUUACCUCAUCCGGAUGAAGCAGAGCAAGGGGAAAAGCUCGCCGUCCGCUAGGUUACAUGAGCCAGAGAAGAGCAGUGAGGCCACUACCCAGGAAUCUGACCCCAACAACCUGACCUACGCGGACCUCAACUUUGAGAAAGAGAAGAAGUCCAUCCGCCGGAUGGUGGAGAUGAGCCAGCAGUCAGAGUAUGCCUGCAUCCAGACCAACCGGGCGCCCAACGGCGAUGACAACCUCACCUACGCCGACCUGGACAUGGUGCACCUCAGCAAAGCGCCCAAGCGACCGGCCCCGCACCCCGAGGAGACCGGCUCUGAGUACGCCAGUGUCCAGAUUCCGAGGAAGUGAGCAGGGCUGCAGUGGCUGUCGGGACCCCCUGCCCCAUGGGGAGCUGCCCUGCUCCUCCCCGGGAGGAUUUUCUUGGAAGCACCACGUGAUGUGAAGACGUGCUGCGGUACCCACGUUUUGGGGUGGAAAUAGAGCCUGCAAUACUGUGGGGGUCUGCUCCCAUCCUCAAAGACCUGAUUUUUUGGGGGCAGCUUGGUCCUGGGGCUGCCAGCUCCAUCCCUUGAGGACCUCCACCCCCCCCACAGCCACGGGGGCUGCUCAGCCUCGAUGUGCCAGGUUUGCCUGCCAGCGGGUUAAGCCAACAGAGCUGUGGCUCCUCGGGAAGCUCUAGCUGGGCUGAAGACAUGAGGACAGUGCCUCCACACCCGCUCCUGUGGGGAUACCACUGCCUGGCCAGGCUUGCACAGCUUCCCACAGCCACCCUGAUCCUGCAGGGACCAGCCAGGACCCCCACACUGCCUUCUGGGGCUCUGCCACGGCGCCUGGAAAACAAACUCUGGCUUUAAAGGAAGGACCUGAGCGUCCACCUCUCUCUUCCCAAGUGUCCCUUCUGCGGGACCUCAGUCUCGCACCAAGGCCAAUGAGGCUGGGAAGGCUGGCGAGCCGAGCCCCCCUGCUAUGGGCUUUCCCCCCAGUCCUGCUGCCCAGGGGAGGCUCCAGGUACGGCUCUCCGGCACGGAGCAUCCUCCUCCUCCUCCUCAUCUUCCUCUGCACAGCCUUGCCCCACACCGGGACCCACCAGCGCUACCCCAGGCUUGUACAAAGCGUGCAGCUCCACGCCGUCCAGGCUGCGGGUGCCCCCGCCAGCCCCAUUCCUCCCUCCCCACCCCGGGAGCUCCCCGCAGGUACUGUGUAACAUGUUUUGACUGUUUUGACAUGUAACUGUUAAUUUUUAGAGCUUAAACCCAAUGUUUUGUGUUGUACGUGGGUGUACUGCUGUGUACUUAACACUAGAAUAAGAUGUGCAAAA